AGUCUCAAUCGCUUCUUCAGUCUUAUUAUUAUUUUCUUUUUUGUUAAUAAAACUUGAAAAAGGAGAAGGUAGAGAAAAGGAGAACAAGUGCCAUACUCAAAUGAAGAAGCAGAAUAUGUUCUUUUGAUAUAAAUAUAAAGAUUGUAUCAAAUUUCUAUGGAGAAGAGAGAGGAGCAAAUGAUAAAGACUGAGAUUUCCAUGGCAAAUUCCACAUUCAUCACAGAGGAGAUACCCAGUAGUUUUGCUUUAUCAUCCUCAACUCCAACAUCAGCAAGCAUCUUUGACAUGAUGCCAUGUGAUAUUGGUGAUAAAGCCUCUUUAGGCUUCACGGACCUGCUUGAUGGCAACCAAGAUUUUGGCACUUGUUUGUUCGAUUGGUUUCAGCCUCCGAUUGUUCCUCACCAACCCUUGCCUUCUCCGGCGUCCACUGUUCCCGAAUCAUCCGAGGUCUUGAACACUCCGGCCACUCCUAACUCCUCCUCCAUCUCUUCAUCCUCGAAUGAAGCAGGAAAUGAGGCGCAAGCUAAAGCUGGAGAUGAAGAAGAGCAGGAUCAAGAAAAGAACAAGAAACAGUUGAAACCCAAAAAGAAGAACCAGAAAAGGCAAAGAGAGCCAAGAUUUGCUUUCAUGACAAAAAGCGAAGUUGAUCACCUAGAUGAUGGGUAUAGAUGGAGGAAGUACGGCCAGAAAGCAGUGAAAAACAGCCCUUAUCCGAGGAGCUAUUAUCGUUGCACUAGUGCAGGAUGUGGGGUGAAGAAGAGAGUAGAGAGAUCAUCUGAGGAUCCCACCAUAGUUGUUACAACUUAUGAAGGACAACACACGCAUCCAAGUCCCAUAACCCCCAGGGGAAGUAUCGGACUUCUGCCAGAUUCAGGUGGUUUCGGUGCUGCAACUUCUUUUGUUGUUCCACAACCUCAGUACCAGCAACAGCAACAUGCCUGUAUGUAUAGCUCAUCGCCUUCACUGAACAUUAGCACUAGUAGUCGUAGUUUUAAUCCCUCAUUUUCUCCAAGUUUUCUGCAAGAGAGACGGUUUGGUCCUUCAUCAGCUUCUUUGUUCAGAGACCAUGGGCUUCUUCAGGACAUCGUGCCCACCCAGAUGAGAAAGGAAACUACAGAGGAGUAGAAGGAUUUGCAUGUUAGUUUACUGGCUUGGGUACACCAAAUAUGACUCUAGAUCCUUCCUUCUGCAAGCCAGUCCUUGUCAUUCUCAGUGAAUCAGACCUAUUCUCAUCUCUCGUGCUCUUACCAAUAUUGAAUAGUUUUUCAUCAGCUGAUAAAUGUUAGAUCAUCAGAUUCCAUUGCAUCAAUACCUUUUGAUGUCUUAUCCUUCCCCUUGGCCUCCACAACAGGGCUAUGCACCCUUGGUCGCUUCAUUUGUGGGGUAUCACCCCCUUGAGAAGAUUGCUUUUUGUGUUUGGCUUUUAAGCACCGCUUUAUUGGAAAAGUGGAAAUAAAAUGGAAAAUUGGAAUGUGUUUUGAGAAAGGCGCAAUCGCCUUAGAUUAUGUGAAUCCAAGCUAACUUUCUAGCCACUAAUUCACUUUUCAUUUCCUGUUGUGAUUU